AUGCAAAUAAGAGCAGAUAGAUUUUCUGUUUUGUCACUGCUCAUUAAUAUGAUAUAUUGGCACAAUACAUAUAGUAAUAGAAUUAUUGAAAAUAGUGUUGUUGGGGAACCUGAUGUAGACUGUGGUUUGGAAAGUAUUACAGUUGAUGUAACCACUGAGAAUCCGUUUUUUGGACGCUUAUAUAUUCAGGGCGAAAGUAAUGAUCCAAAUUGUGUAGUAGCUUAUCAUGAUAAUGAACAGCAAUCUUAUGCUACUGCAACUAAAGAUCAAACUUUGCGAUUUUCGUUAAAAUUUGGAGAGUGUAAUAUGCGACGUGAACGCACGCUAAGUCCUCGUGGAGUUGCCUACACUUUUGCCCUCAUUGUGUCAUUCCAUCCGAUAUUUGAAACUGAAGUUGAUCGAGCAUAUCGUAUUCGGUGCUUCUUUAGUGAAUCUGUGAAAACACUUGAAGCCACAAUGGAUGUAAGGCAAAUGUACGGCAGAAAAAGGGAUUUGAGUAAUCUGAUAAAAUUCAGUCAGUUGACGACGCAAAUAGUUGAGCAAGAAUUCACUUUGCCAUCUUGUGCGUAUGAAAUACGUGAAGGCCGUGAUGGACCACACGUAAAGUUUGCUCAUAUUGGCGAUCGUGUAUGGCACGUAUGGCAUUGUGAUUUAUCAGCUAGUGCCAUAUAUGGUAUAUUAAUUCAUUCAUGUCAUGUCGAUGAUGGCCAAGGAAUGCAAGUUGCAAUAAUUGAUAAUAAGGGAUGUGUGGUGGAUCCUUUGUUGCUAUCUGACGUUGAAUACGAUGACCAAACAAUAACGGCUUAUGCAGAAACACGAGUUUUUAAAUAUUCUGAUAAAGUUCAGCUUUAUUUUACAUGUACAAUACAAUUGUGUUUUAAGGGAGAUGGUGGUUGUGAUGGUAUAACCCCACCAAUUUGUGGAAGUACAAAAUACCCUCUGCGGUCAGUUGCAGAAUUUCCUUCAUUGGAUCGUGAUCAUCGCGAUGACCCCUUGAAACAGGAUGAAGGAAAGCAAUUUUUUGGACCAAUUGAUACGAUACGUGAAGAAAUAAGCAGAAAUUUGCAUUUCACACCACCACUUCCACCUAAACCACCAACGAUACCACCAGAAUUUGACUUUUUAAAAGGCAGCAAGUCACCACAUGAUUUAUCGGUAAAAAGACAAAUACGUGCCAGUCACAACUUUGUUCACGAAUUAAAUCCCGUCAAUGAGUCAAAUAUUAAGCAAUAUGCUGAAACAGAUCUAACAGCACGUGUUAUGGUAUUCCCAAUGACUGAAAAUCAACCUUCAAGUGGAUUUUCAACGAACAAACAAGGUGAAACAUUUUUAUUAUUGCUUUUGAUGAAUAACAAUGUCGUAAUAUAA